AUGGCUGCCGCAAAAUUGACCAAGAAUCAGAUGAGGAGGGCCAAGAAGAAGGAGCAGAAGAAAAUAGCAAAGGAAGAGAUCAAGGACAAGCCGACAGAAUCACAAUCCCCUGCCCCCGAGAAUGAAACAGAAAAACAUGAAGAGGACCUCUCGGUAAAAAAGGAUGAGACGAAACAGCAGCAGCCUCCCGUGAUACUGAGCGUGGACAAGAUGGACGAUGCCGACAACGAUGCUUACGCCAUGUACCGCGACAUCUUCGCCAAGUUCGGCGCCAGCGCCGACGAGGAUGAGGUGGCCAAGGAGGCCAACGCAGGCAACCAGGGCAGCGUCUUCUUCGAUGACGACGACCAGAUACCCGACGAAGAUUCGGACGGCGAAAACGGGCAGCAACAAAAGCUGUCCAAGAAGAAGCGCAAGCAGCUGACCAAGCUGUCUGUGGCAGAGCUGAAGGCGCUGGUGCGCAUCCCCGAGGUGGUUGAGUGGCACGAUGUGUCAUCGACGGAUCCGCGGCUGCUGGUGCAGAUCAAGGCCCAACGCAAUGUGGUGCCUGUGCCGACGCACUGGUCUCUCAAGCGCGAGUACCUGUCGUCGAAGCGUGGCAUCGAAAAGGCACCCUUCCGCCUGCCCAGCUUUAUCGCCGAGACGGGUAUCACGGAGAUGCGCGACGCCACUCUCGACAAGCAGGCCGAGCAGUCGCUCAAGCAGAAACAGCGCGAGCGUGUGGCCCCCAAGAUGGGUAGAAUCGACAUUGACUACCAGAAGCUCUACGACGCCUUCUUCCGUUUCCAAACCAAGCCCGACCUCACGCGCUUCGGCGAGGUCUACUACGAAGGCAAAGAGACAGAGGUCGACUACCAGCACUUCCGACCGGGUGACCUGAGCGACGCCACCAAGGAGGCGCUAGGCAUGCCCCCCGGGGCCCCGCCCCCCUGGCUCAUCAACCAGCAGCGCAUCGGCACCCCUCCCUCGUACCCUACUCUUAAGCUACCCGGUCUCAACGCGCCUCCUCCCCCCGGCGGCUCCUGGGGCUUCCACCCCGGCGGCUGGGGCAAGCCCCCGGUAGAUGAGUAUAACCGUCCACUCUACGGCGGUGACGUCUUUGGCCUGACAGGCGCCCCCCAGCAACAGGGACAGCCCCAACAGCAGCAGACGGCCCAGACGCUCGACCAGCCGCUCCUCGCCGAGCCUGUCGAACGCAACCUAUGGGGCGAACUGCAACCCCGCGUUGACGAGUCAGAAGAAGAGGAAGGCUCGGACGAUUCCGACGACGAAGAGGAUGAAGAGGACGACGAGAACGAGGGUCGUCCUACAGUGGAUCCCUCCGGCCUUGAAACGCCCUCUGGCCUCGAGACCCCGAGCGCCGAGUAUCCCGCCUCGGGUGUCGAGACGUCCAUCGCCGGCGAGAUGGAUCUGCGUAAGCAGCGUCGCGGGUACGAGACGGAAGAGUCGUCUGCCCCCCGAUCGGCGUACACCGUCCUGCCUGAGCGCAAAGUCCGCGCGGAGGGCUUCUUCGGCAGCGGUCACGCCUAUGACAUCCCUACUGCUGCGCAGCAACACCCCAUCCUUGGUGCAGGCGAAGAGCGUAAGCGCAAGAAGCCCGGAGACGUUGACGUUGCCCUGGAUCCGGAUUCACUCCAGUCUGCCGACGGUAUCAACCGCGAUGACCUGCGUCGCAAGUUUGAAGAGAGCAGACGCGAUGAGGGUAUCGGAGCCAAGUGGACGUAUGAUGAUGACCUCUCCGAGAUGAUUGCCCAGGAGAGUCGUAAAAGGCAACGCACAGAGCAGGAGAGGAAUGAAAAGAAGAAGGAGUCGAAGUAUAAGUAG